AAAUAAAUAUAUUUAACAUGCCGCCCCUCUCUUUCUUCUCUAUGUAACAUGCCUGCCUAUGAAUGAACCCCCGCACGAUUAUUAAAGCUCCUCCCCCCUCCUCGCCUCCCAACCACCGCCGCCAUGUCGAUCGCUCCCACCUCUUAAACCCUAACCCGAACCCUAACCCCCCUCUCUCUCUCUCUCUCUCUCUCUCUCUCUCUCUCUCUCUCUCACUCUCUCUCUAAUCCGCUAAUCUGAUCCGAUCUAAUCAGGGUUCGGGUUCGGGUUCGGGUUCGGGUUCGGGUUCAUGGGGUCUCGCCAUCGCCGCCGCCAUUCUCCGGCGCCGGCUCCGCCUUCGGCGGCGCGGAGGGGGUGGGUGGCGAUCAGGGUUGGGGCGGAGGGGGAGGAGCGGCGGCGGUUCGUGGUGCCGGUGGGGUUCGUGAACCACCCGCUGUUCGCGGGGCUGCUGAGGGAGGCGGAGGAGGAGUUCGGCUUCCAGCACGACGGCGCCCUCACCCUCCCCUGCCGCCUCGACCACUUCCGCCGCGUCCACGCCGCCAUCCACCGCCACCUCCCCCUCCCC